GGUUUUGUUUAGUUUGCCCUUGAUUCCUGGUGUGCACAGUACCUGGGUACAGCCUCCAGCCCUAGGGUUCAGUUCAGAGUGUGUCAUCUGAACCAUGAAGAUCUGGUGGCUCCUGCUUGCUGUUGGAAUUUGCUCUGGGAACAUAAACUCACAGGACACAUGCAGGCAGGGACACUCUGGCAUCCCUGGGAAUCCUGGUCACAAUGGUCUGCCUGGAAGAGAUGGAAGAGAUGGAGCAAAGGGUGACAAAGGGGAUGCAGGAGAACCAGGGCGUCCUGGGAGCCCAGGGAAGGACGGCAUGCGUGGGGAGAAAGGACAACGAGGAGCAGAUGGAAAUGUUGAAGCAAAAGGCAUCAAAGGUGAUCAAGGUUCUAAAGGACCCCCAGGAAAACAUGGGCCGAAGGGCUUGGCUGGUCCCAUGGGAGAGAAGGGCGUCCAAGGAGAGACCGGUUCUCCUGGAGAGAAGGGGGAUAAAGGAGAGGUGGGCCCCCCUGGUCCAGAAGGCCUGAGGGGCAACACUGGGCCUUUGGGCCCAAUUGGCUUACCUGGCCCCGUGGGGCCCAUGGGAAAGCCCGGUCUCAAGGGAGAAGCUGGACCCGUGGGGCCCCAGGGUGAGCCAGGAGUCCGGGGAAUACGAGGCUGGAAAGGGGAUCGAGGAGAAAAAGGGAAAAUUGGUGAGACUCCAGUCUUGCCCCAAAGUGCUUUCACAGUGGGGCUCACAGUGCUGAGCAAGUUUCCUUCUUCGGGUGUACCCAUCAAAUUCGAUAAAAUCCUCUAUAAUGAAUUCAACCAUUACGACAUAGCAAAGGGGAAGUUUGUGUGCCACGUUGCUGGAGUCUAUUACUUCACCUACCACAUCACCGUCUUCUCCAGGAAUAUCCAGGUAUCUUUGGUCAAAAAUGGGGUGAAAAUACUGCACACUAAGGAUGGUUAUAUGGGCUCGGAGGACCAGGCCUCUGGUGGUAUUGUCCUGAAGCUGAAGCUUGGGGACGAGGUGUGGAUGCAGGUGACGGGAGGAGAAAGGUUCAACGGCUUGUUUGCUGAUGAGGAUGAUGACACAACCUUCACAGGCUUCCUGCUGUUCAGCAGCUAAUUAACGAUGGAGAAACACAGCCCUGCCACAUCAUCCA